AUCGAAAAGUUGCUUUUCCAUGGCACAACACCAGAUGUUGUUGAUGCAAUCUGCAAACAUAACUUUGACCACAGAUUGCGAGGGAAGAACGGGACACAGUAUGGAGAAGGAAGCUACUUUGCUGUGGAUGCCUCCUACAGUAAUAUCUACAGUAGUGAUGAUGGCGAGAAGAUGAGAUACAUGUUUCUGGCAAGUGUGUUAACAGGGGAAUCAAAGCUUGGACGUAGAAACUUUCGUCGACCGCCUCUAAAAGAUCCAAGCAAUCCUACUAGCGAUUUGUAUGAUUCUUGUGUUGACGACGAAAAUCAACCAAAGAUCUUUGUAAUUUUUAAUGACGAACAGUGCUAUCCUUCUUAUUUGAUUAAAUAUCACUUGAAAUAG